AUGGCCGACGCCGAAACCAAAGCCAAGGCAUGGCCCCUCGCGCCCGCCGACCUCAACGAUCCGAUCCUCGAUCUCGUUGAACGGGCCUCGCAGUUCAAGCAGCUCAAAAAGGGUGCCAACGAGGCUACGAAAACCCUCAACCGUGGUAUCGCGGAGUUGAUCAUUCUGACCGCCGACACCGAGCCUCUGGAGAUCCUGCUGCACCUCCCCCUUCUGUGCGAGGAAAAGAAUGUCCCGUACAUUUUCGUCAGCUCCAAGGCAGCUCUCGGCCGUGCCUGCGGGGUCACCAGGCCCGUCAUUGCCGCGAGUAUCACCACGAACGAGAACAAGGAGCUCUCCAGCCAGAUCCAGAACAUCAAGAGGGAGGUCGAGAGGCUCAUGUACUAG